UAAUUAUCAAAAUGAGGAUAAAGAGAGUAAAUCUUAUUCACUAUUGGAGACCUUACAUGACGAUGAAAAUGCUGAGUUGACUGCUGAUCAGGUUCGUCACCAAGACACUAUAAUUCAGACUAAUAAUCUAAUCAACGCUUUAGGAAAUCGGGAAGCGAUUUUACUGAUUCGCUUGUUUUAUAAAAUAAAACCUUCUAAUUUGCUAGAUAUUUAUUGCUUGGCCACCGAAGAAGAAAAACAAGAAUUAAAGAAAAAAAUGAAGUUGGGUGAUAAAUCCAACCCCGAAGUACUCCAAAAAUACUCCUGUGAGGAAAAAAAGGUUCAUGAUUUCCCACUGGUGAAAAAUUAUUUAUCAUUAUUUACUAAAAGUUAUCGAUUUUCCGAGUUAAGUAAAAUUCUUGGCGAGUCAGAAAAUAUGGCUCGUCGGUUAAAGCAAGAAAGUUUCAAAAAACUACAAAAACUGGCCAAGGAGAGAAAACUUCACUUUUUGAUUGAGUAA